ACCCUCUCGACGACACCACUGUCACAAGUUUUUCCCUGUGUGAAACCUGAAACCACUCUCUUCUUGCGUUUCAAAUCUGUCUCCAGAUACUAUGACCCUUGCUGAUGCGUACGGCGCCUUCGCCAUCGCUGGCAUCGUUGUAUGUGCCACGCUUUGUGCCGAGUUCCUCACUUGGAUGCUCGUCUAUAGCACAGAUCAGUACAAGAAAGCCUGCGAUCGUGUCAAAGAACUCAACAAACAACUCGCCAAGGCGGACGCAAAAGUAGUAUCCGUUGACAAGCGAAAAAAGCACGACAAGCUCAUCGAGUCCAUCGAAGACGACUUAAAGGUUGCCUCCCAGAGCAUGGAUGCUGUCAAGCUCCGCGGUAGCAUACUUACCGGCAUCUCAUUUUUCUUCCUCUACCGCGUAGUGGCCGCCGCCUGGACUGGGGUCGUCGUCGCCCGCCUUCCUUUCCUACCUUUCAAAUUUAUCCAGACCUUUGCUUCCCGCGGUCUAGAUGGAAAGGACAAGUAUAGUUGCUCCUUUGGCUUUAUAUAUACGUUAUGCACCAUCGGGAUCAAGGCCAAUAUUCCGAAGGCCAUUGGUGCUGUUCCUGUCAAGUCCGCUUUCAACGCUUCGCGAAUGGCUGCAAGGCAACAGAAGAAGUCGGAAGCUGCUUCGAGCUGACAAAGCUCGAAUCUCGGCCUUUGAAUGCGUCUAGUUUCGUUUCUGACAGUCGUCGACUUUGCCGCCCCCUACAAGCCUUCACGUGGAUGUGGAAUGGGCCAAUUUUAAAGGCAAUUUGUCCUUACUUGGUGGGAUAGGAAGGAGUGACAAUUUCAAUUUCAAUGUUUCCAUGCAGAAUGACUUUCAGAUGCAUGCGUGUGUCCGCUCCUCUGCGAUUACCGACCACAGACGGCAUCCAGCGGUCAAGCUACGUUUAGAACCGCGAAGGGAAUUGUAACACACCAUAAUGUCAAUAACAGCAGGUAAACACGUUCCAAUUUCCUUUCA